AUGCAGUUCACAAAGGAGCCCAAGUCCCAGGAUGCUUUGCACGGCCGGAGCGCCAUGCUGCGGUGUGAGGUCAGCGAGCCGGCGGACGUGACCUACAGCUGGACUCAUGACGGCGUGUCGCUGCAGAACUCAGAGCGGCGCUUUCAGGAGGGCAGCAACCUCAAGUUCACCUCCAUCGACCGUAAACUGGACUCAGGGAACUUUGUGUGUCGGGCGUCCAACAUGGCAACCGGGGAAUUUCUCAUGUCCACCAACGCCUCCUUCAAUAUCAAAUGGCUGGAAAGCGGAGGAGUGACCCUGAAGGAGCCGGAUUCAGAGGCCGACAUCGAGAGCUCCGUCCCGGUCUCUCUGCGCUGCCACAUCGACGGACAUCCACGUCCCACGUGUCACUGGUUCAAAGACGGAACCAAACUGACGGAGAAGACUCAUCAGAUCAACAACAAGGAGCGCACCCUGAGCCUGAAGAGUGCGUCUGUGGAGGACAACGGCCUGUACUACUGCUGUGCCAAGAACGCAGCCGGACACGUGUGCAGCAACAGCAACUUCACUCUCAAUAUCAUAGAUAAGAGCGUCCCGCGGCCGCUGGUGACCCCCGAGGACCAGGUGGUGAUGAAGAAUGAGGAGGCUAUGUUGCACUGUCAGUUCACUGCCGUCCCACCGCCGACACAGGAGUGGUUCCACGAAGGAGAGCUCGUGGUCAACAAGACCAGAUUGGUCCUUCUGUCCAACGGCAGCUUGUGGAUCACUCAGGUCAAGCCUCGAAACACCGGGAACUACAAAUGUGUGGGGCGAGGGCUCACGGGGUCACAGGUCACACUGGAGGCCUCUCUGCUCAUCGCUGAGAUCGAGGACAUGGUUUCACGGGCGUCUCAGGUCUUCACCGCCGACACGCUGCAGAGGGUCCCCUGCAGAGCGCCGAGAGGCCGACCGGAGCCUGAGGUGUGGUGGGAGAGGGGGGGUCAGCGCGUGCCCACAGAACCAGGGCGGGUCUACCAGGACGGGCUGGACCUGGUCUUCAGUCCCACUGAGGCCGGAGACUCUGGGGUCUACACCUGUGUGGCUGAGAAUAAAGCCGGACGACGCACGCAGGAGGUCACCUUCACUGUGGCCACUGCCCCAGUGUGGGUGAUGCGGCCCCAGGACAGUCAGUUUGAGGAGGGGAAACCUGGGCUCCUGCACUGUCACGCUCAGGCCACUCCGGAACCAGAGGUGGUGUGGCUCCGGAACAACCUGUUCAUCUCCCACGAGGACAAUCGUUUCAAGUUGUUUCCCAACGGGACGCUGAGGAUCAACAAUGUGGAAGUGUACGACGGACAGAUUUACGGCUGCGAGGCCAAGACUGUGGCCGGGAGGCUGUCGGGACAGGCGCGCGUCACUGUGCUGGAGAAGCUGAAGUUCACGCCGACGCCGCAGCCCGUUCAGUGUCUGGAGUUGGACAAAGAGAUGAGCAUCACAUGUUCUGCCACCGGGAGAGAAAACCCCAACAUCCGCUGGACCAAAGCAGACGGAGGAGAGCUUCCCGCUCAUGUGCAGCAGAAAAACGGCCAGCUUCAUUUCACCAAAGUCGUUCGCAGCGACGCUGGAAACUACACCUGCAUUGCCUCCAACCGCCUGCAGGGGGAGAUACGAGCUCUGGUGCUGCUCAAUGUGGCAGUGUAUAUCCGGUUCAAAGUGGAGCCAGACAACACCACAGUCUACCAAGGCCACACAGCCAUCCUCCACUGUCAGGCAACAGGAGACCCAGAGCCCUACAUCCACUGGGCCGUCAAGGACAAGCCUCUGGACAUCAUCAAAAACAGACGAUUUCAGAAGAUGCCCAAUGGCUCUUUGCUGAUCACAGAAGUCAGUGCGGAGGACACGGGCAGAUACACCUGCGUGGCCGGACACAGCUGUAACAUCAAAAGCCGCGUAGCUCAGCUCUACGUCGUGGAUAAACCAAUACACAACCGAGACAGUGAUGACGAAGAGAAAGCCCCUUAUAAGAUGAUCCAGACCAUCGGGCUGUGUGUGGGGGCCGCCGUGGCUUACAUCAUUGUGGUGCUGGGACUCAUGUUCUACUGCAAGAAGAGACGCAGUGCAAAAAGACUCCAGAAGGGCGGCGACGGAGAGGAGCCCGAGAUGGAGUGCCUCAAUGGAGGGGCCGUGCAGCAGAACGGCCACACCACGACAGAGAUCCAGGAGGAGGUGGCGCUCACGAACAUGGGAACUUUGGCCACGACUGAGAAACGCCACAGUCACAUCAACAACGACAAGCUGCACUUUCCCAGAGCCAAUCUGCAAACCAUCACCACAUUAGGCAAAGGAGAGUUUGGAGAGGUGCUCCUGUCCAAGGCCAAAGGCAUCGUGGAGGGAGAGGAGGAGACCGUAGUUCUGGUGAAAAGUCUCCAGAGCAGAGACGAGUCGCUGCAGCAGGACUUCCGCAGAGAAGCAGAAAUGUUCGGGAAACUCAGUCACCCAAACGUGGUGCGGCUCCUGGGGCUGAGCAAGGAGACGGAGCCCCACUACAUGAUCCUGGAGUAUUACGACCUGGGAGAUCUCAAGCAGUUCCUCCGAAUAUCAAAGAGCAAAGACGACAAGGUCAAAACACAACCUCUCAGCACCAAGACCAAAGUUUCCAUCUGUGCCCAGGUGGCUCAUGGCAUGGAGCACCUGUCCAAUCACCGCUUCGUGCACAAAGAUCUGGCUGCUCGGAACUGUCUCAUCAACAGCCAACGCCGCGUCAAAGUGUCCGCGCUGAGCCUCAGCAAAGACGUCUACAACAGUGAGUACUAUCACUACAGACAGGCGUGGAUCCCUCUCAGAUGGCUGCCCUCGGAGUCGGUGUUUGAGGAUGAUUUCUCCACAAAGUCGGACGUCUGGGCCUUCGGAGUGCUCAUGUGGGAGGUCUUCAGUCUGGGGGAAAUGCCACAUGUUAAACUCAGCGACGACGAGGUGCUCGAAGGUCUAAAGUCGGGAAAGCUGAAGCUGCCCGUUCCCGAUAACUGCCCGUCCAGAAUCUACAAACUCAUGUUGCGUUGUUGGGCCCCGAGCCUGAAGGAGCGCCCUUCCUUCACCGACAUCGUGCACACGCUGGGAGAAAUCCCCUCCGACAGCAAAGUCUGA